UUGAAACACCAGGCAGACGCAGACCCUGCUCAGUUAUGCGUCCCAGGUCCAGAUUACUGGCUAAACGGGGCCUUCCCACCAUCAGGGAGGGCUAUGAGGAACUGGUGCAAGACCUAAACCAGACCAACAGUCAGCACACUACCACACAGGACUACUUCCUCUCCAUCUGCCAUCUGGCCCGGCCCACCUUCCCUCUCCAUGAGCCCGACUAUGACAUCCUCUCCAUUGGCCCCCUGGACUCCCCAAAGCCCUGUCUACGACUGCACCGCUUGCGUCAGCAUCUGCAACCUCCACAGGCCCACACCUCCACAAGCGAUCACUGCGCAGUUCAGCAAGCUCAGAAAGAGAAAGAAAUCAGAUGUGCUCCAUCAGAACCCAUGCAGCCUCUGGUUUCUGAUGAGGACAAUGGAUGCAGAAGUGACGGCCCAGGCCCCACUGAUCCACUCGAGUACCUCUACAGCCACAGAGGUGCAUUUGCUUCCUCCACCACAAGGGGCAGCAUUCCCCCUCGCCGGCCACGUUGUGACACCUUCCCAUGCUUCUCCUCGGCACCUGACACCCAGCGUAAGAGCAGCUACCCUGAGCUCUGCCUGGCUGAGGUGGUCACUGUGGCGACGGUUUCUGCAGCGACGGUCACUACGGCGACAGUCCUACAGCGGUCACCGCUUAACAGGAAGAAGCUGGAUGAUGGUGCCCUGGCCGCACGUAGUGGUGUUCCCAACAACCUCGACGGCACCCCUGCUGGUUGGAGAGGGAAGAGCAGCCGCUGCAUGGACAAACAGACCAUAGUGUCCCACUGGAUCGCCGAGUGCCGCAGUGCGUGGAAGGAGGCCCGCAUUCGCGCGUGCAUGCUCCCCGCCAUUGCUGAGAAGUAAUCUACGCCCGCAAAAAUCCCUUUCUGGUGAAGCUGAACACGACAGGGAAACAUCACGUAGAGAAUUAUUGUGGAAUAUUACUUUGCACUUCAGGUUUAUAUGCAUAUACAUUUUUGAUGUAUUUCUAAACCAGUGACCCUAUGGUGCCGUUGAUACCACACCAUAGAGUUACAAUGAAUGUCAAUGAUAAGACUGAGUCAGUGAUGUCCAUUCGUGAUCUAUAAAUGCAUUGAAUGUUGGAUGCCUUUAACACAGUUUAGUCUGACUUAAAAAAGUAAAGACAAUGUGUCAUUCCAGUUGCAGUUCUUAUAAAGAAUACUCAAUGUAAUAUAAUUUAGAGGUUAACUGUCCAGUGGUGAAGCAAUGCAUAUUAAUCACAGGUUUACUGCAUCUCCUGAACAACAUUUAUUGUAUUUGGGAAUCUUUUUGAAGGACUAGGUUUUGGUAAGUUUCCCCUACUCUUCACCACAGACAUAUUUAGAUAAUUUAGUUAAAAGGUUAUUAGAUGCAGAAAUUAACAUAAUGGCCAAAGGAAGCAACCUAUAAUAUAACCAAGGACUGGUCCCAAAUCUUUGUUAUGCGUUAUAAUAAUUCACUGCCAUGGCAAUAUUAUACAGAUAAUGUUGAAAAAGCUAUAGUCAUGUUAUCCAGUUUAACAAACAGAGCUUGGUCUAACACUUUAAAGCACAAAUAACAGCUUAAGAAAUUAAGAAGGACAAACAUGGGCUGCGUUUCCCAAAAGCAUUGUAACCUUAAGUUGAUCUUAGAACCAUUGUCACCAAUGGAGUUACCAUCAACGUAGGCUUACGAUGCUUUUGGGAAACGCAGCCAUGAUGACAUUUCCUGGAUAGGAAUUACAUCAGUUCAAAAAAGACGGAAAAAUGCCCUCAUUUUGAUAUUAGGAUUUGACAACAUGGAUCUACACUGUUAUCACCAUUAGACUGUUUGUUUGUGUACACCCAAAAAUCUUGUUUUUCUGCAGUGUUGGGGACAGUUACUUUUAAAAGUAACUAGUUACAAUAUUGAGUUACUCUAUAAAAAAGUAACUAAAUACGUUACUUGGGUACUUUUUGUGGAAAGUAACUGAAAGUACUUUUGCGUUACUUUUGCAGGACAAUUGAUUGCUGUUGCGACUCGCGCUAAUUUCACGAACUGAAAGUUAUCUAUUGAGCAUGACCGGCAUUUGCAGCAAUUUGUCCAUGGUGGCGAGUGCGGCCACACUAUAGCUCCGCAUCUGAGCUCUGGCCAUCGCUGUGUCAACGGUUGCCAGAUUUGCGUAACAAAAAUGAAGCUGGAACACUGCAGCACUUCAGACAUGGCAACGCUGUCUGACUAGCGACUGUUUCUGCGCAAGCAUGAGUGAUCAUGUCUACACUACUUUUAAUUCAGAAUUUCACUUCUGCAGUUACAUUUUUUUUAUAUAAAUCAAUGAUUAGACUGAACAGUAACUUGAGUAUUGAUAUGUAAAUUUAUAAAGUAACUAAGUUACAUUACUCGUUACUUAAAAUUACGUAACGCACGUUACUUGCAACGCGUUACCCCCAACACUGUGCAUUCUUUUGGUGUUUCAGUAUUUUUAGAGAAUCUUACUGUCAAAAGAUGAAUUAGUAAGGUUGCAUGUGACUAUAAAUUAUUUUGUAUUCAUGCAUAAAAAAAUCUUUAAAUUAUAAUAAUAAUUAUUAUUAUGGAUGUAAUGAUCUGAGAGCAAAUGUAUAUAACACUAUAUGAGUAAUGCAAAUCUGUUGUUUGUACAUUUUCAACAGUCUUGUACUUUCCCCCACUUUUUUAAAUAAAUAAAAUGUCUGUUUUA